GGCCUCGAGGGUGCGCGCGCAGCCGCCGCCGGUUCUCAGUGCGCGUGCGCGGGAGCGCCGAGCCGACCCUGCCGUGACCCCGCCAUGGCGGCGCUGCUGCUGCUGCGGCAAGGACGGGCAGCGGCGUUGAAGACUCUUCUCCGAGAAGCCCCCGGGAUCCGAGGCCUUGGGUCCACUAUCUCCCUCUCUGCGGAGUCCGGGAAGACAGACAGGGGGCAGGCGCCUGGCCCCAAGAAGCAGAGUCCGCCCAAGAAGCCGGCGCCCCCGCCCCCGGCCCCUGAGCCCUUCGACAACAGCACCUACAAGAACCUGCAGCACCACGAGUACACGGUCUACACCUUCCUGGACGUCAACCUGCAGCUGGCCAAGCAGCGGCUGCCCCAGCCCUCCUCGGGCCGAGAGUCACCACGCCACUGAGCGUCCACGGGCACGAUGGCCCCCAAUAAAGCUGAGCUUUAACAUCCAGA